UCAAUCCGAAGCAAAUAUGCCGGUAGAAGCCACCGUGAAAGCGCCCAAGAAGGGCUCCAAGAAAGCCGUGACUAAGACCGCCGCUAAGGGCGGCAAGAAGAGGAGAAAGAGCAGGAAGGAGAGCUACGCCAUCUACGUCUAUAAGGUGCUGAAACAAGUCCACCCCGACACAGGUAUCUCCUCCAAGGCCAUGGGCAUCAUGAACUCGUUUGUGAGCGACAUCUUUGAGCGCAUCGCAGGUGAGGCUUCCCGUCUGGCUCACUACAACAAGCGCUCCACCAUCACUUCCAGGGAGAUCCAGACGGCCGUGAGACUGCUGCUGCCCGGGGAGCUGGCCAAGCACGCCGUGUCUGAGGGCACCAAGGCCGUCACCAAGUAUACCAGCUCCAAGUAAACCAUCCCGCUGCUGUAAUCUACUAAACCAACGGCUCUUUUAAGAGCCACCCACUUCUUCUUAAAGAGCGAAGUUUCAUUCAGUUGUGUUUAGAUACA